AUGCGUUUGUCUCCAGCAUGGUACCAGUUCCUGGUAGGCGUUUUCGCCUCUCUCGGCUCAUUUCUCUACGGCUACGACUUGGGUGUUAUCGCGGAAGUUGUUGCAAGUGGCUCCUUCACGGCUAAAUUCGCGACAACCACGGUGCAGAGUGGAUUGGUGGUGUCCAUGUUUACUGCUGGUGCCUUCGUCGGUGCAGGCUUCAGUGGUCCUUGUGGUGACUGGCUUGGUCGCCGAAAGACCAUCUCUGUGGGAUGCGUUAUCUUCUGCCUUGGUGGCGGUCUGCAGACCGGUGCGCAGACAAUCGCAUAUCUCUAUAGUGGAAGAUUCUUUGCUGGAUUAGGUGUUGGUUUCCUCACCAUGAUCGUUCCACUGUACCAAGCCGAGCUGUGCCACCCUGAUAUCCGCGGACGUGUCACUGGUUUGCAGCAAUUCAUGCUGGGAGUUGGAGCUCUUUGCGCAUCGUGGAUCAGUUAUGGUACCUUCAUCGGGUUCUCAGAUACCGAUUCCGCACAGUGGCGGAUUUCGCUUGGGCUUCAGAUGGUUCCUGCUGUCUUCCUGGGAGCGUUGAUCAUGCUCUUCCCCGAGUCGCCUCGGUGGCUCAUCGAUCAUGGCCGCGAAGAAGAGGGUCUUAAGACUCUUGCGAAGCUCCAUGCCCACGGAGACGAGAACGACCCCUGGGUUCGUGCUGAGUAUAACCAGAUCCAGGAAAGCAUCACCUAUGAGCAUGAGAACGCCGCCAGGUCGUACGCAGAACUCUUCAAGUCGCGCGCCUCGUUCCGCCGCGUGUUACUCUGCUGUUCGAUCCAAGCAUCAGCUCAGAUGACAGGUGUCUCCUCCAUCCAGUAUUACUCAGUCGAGAUCUUCGAAAAGAUCGGUAUCUCUGGCGCCGCGACAUUGCGCUACCAGGCCAUCAACUCGAUCAUUGCUUUGAUUGCCCAAGCUCUCUGUAUGCUUUUUAUUGACCGUUUUGGCCGUCGUUGGCCGAUGAUCUGGGGCAACCUAGGCAACAUGGUCACGUUCAUCAUCUCGACGAUUCUGCUUGCCAAGUUCCCUGCAACCGCAAGCAACAGCGGUGCCCACUGGGCCUUCAUCAUCAUGACCUGGCUGUACAACUUUUCCUUUUCAGCUACGGUCGGUCCGUUGACUUGGAUUAUCCCCGCGGAGGUCUUCGACACGCGCACUCGUGCCAAGGGUGUAUCCAUCGCCACCAUGACCUCUUACGCUUUCAACACCAUGAUCGGACAGGUGACGGACACUGCCAUGGCCCGCAUCGGCUAUCGGUUCUAUUACCUUUACUGCAUCUGCAAUCUGACCAAUGCCAUCUGGUUCUGGCUAGUUUUGCCGGAGACCAAGAAGUUGCCUCUCGAGGAGAUGAACUACCUGUUCAAGAAUUCUCCUUGGAUUGUUCCCGGCACCAAGAGAGAGGACUUUAUCUCCCACGACCUGGAGCACAGAUUUGAGGAACAGGAAAGGAAGCAGGAUACCCAGGCACUUGAAUCGAGAUGA